CUUUGGCGGAAUCAGGGGGUCAUUCAUCAUAAUUCUUUUCUCACCUUCUUAAAAAUUUCUGUCUUCCCCUAUUUAUUGUACAUGCACAUAUCUAAAUCUCUCUGUAUGUGUAUGUAUACUUGGUGAAAAAGGCAAUCUUGGGGCAUUUGUAAAACGGGUUCUUGAUUUGAGGGGGAAAACAUCGAUAAAUACUGUUUUUUUUUACUUUUAUUUUUCAAAAUUAUAUUUUUUCUUUGUGUUUUGGGUGAUGGGAAUGGCGGAAAAGGAAGGGAAAAUGCAGGGGUGGUUGCAUUUGAUUCGUUACAAUCGUAUUGGGUUGCAGUAUUCUCGUAAAAGAUACUUCAUUCUUGAAGAUGACUGCCUUAACAGCUUCAAAUCAAUCCCCACUUCAUACACAGAGGAGCCUGUGCGAAGGGCAAUAAUAGACUCCUGCAUUCGUGUUGUGGACAAUGGAAGAGGGAGCCAUCGUAGGAAAUUAUUUUUCAUCUUCACGAUAUAUAAUACUGCAAAUCAUAAAGAUCAGCUUAAGCUUGGGGCAACUAGCUCAGAAGAAGCAGCUAGGUGGAUCCAUGCUUUGCAGGAUGCUGCCGUUAAGACGGUAGAUUUGGUGUCUUGCUCCAAACGAAAAUAUCAGCCUUUCAGCUUGAGUGUUUCGAAAAGAAUGGCAAAAAGGUCUAUUGAUUGGACCUCAGCAUCUUCGGUUCAUGUGGAGGCAAUGACCUCUGAUGUAAUAGCACCUUCACCAUGGGAAAUAUUUGGCUGUCAAAAUGGAUUACGUCUCUUCAAAGAAGCUAAAAACAGAGACUCCAAUGUUCGGCGUUGGGACGACCAUCCAGCCAUAAUGGCAGUUGGUGUCAUCAACGGAACACCUGAAGCUGUUUUUCGCACAGUCAUGGCUGUAGAUGCCUCAAGGACAGAGUGGGAUUUUUGUUUCCACAAGGGUAGCGUGGUCGAGCAACUUGAUGGGCAUACGGAUAUAGUACACGUUCAACUAUAUAAGCAUUGCCUACCUUGGGCAAUGAAGCGCCGUGACUUGCUGGUGCGACGCUACUGGAGGAGAGAAGAUGAUGGCACAUAUGUGAUUCUCUACCAUUCGGUGUUCCAUAAAAAGUGUCAACGUCAAAAUGGAUUUGUCCGAGCCUACGUUAAAAGUGGUGGAUACGUGAUCAUUCCUAUGAAUCGAGGCAAGAAAUGUGUUGUAAGAAACAUGCUUUCGGUUGAUUGGAGGUGUUGGAAAUCCUAUCUCAGAAAAGCUUAUUCGAGAUCUGUCACUAUCUGUAUGGUUGGAACAGUUGCAGCCUUAAGAGAAAUGUACAAAACAAAAGAAGAAGGCAAUAUAGAUAUUGGUGUGCCCGAAAUUGAAGAGGAGAUCAAUACAGAAGCUGGUUGCAAAAGGAUCCAAAAUGAAACAAACGAGGCGACGCCAGGAUACAUCUCCGGGACAUCCAGCAUCUCGGGACUGAAUGAUAUAGGGGAUGAAUUUUUUGACGUUCCUGCGCCUUCGGACUACGAAGAAGGAUGGCCUUCAAAUACGAAUUCAGAUUCAUGUUAUGUGAACUCGUGCCAACCAAAAUUAUCCUCUACGGCUAACUUUGUGAAAAGGCUGCAAGAUCUUGCAGUCCCGAAAAAAGGUUACAUUGGCUUGCAAUCCGUUUCUUGGGGCGAAAGUUUAUCAUGCAGUUAUGGCACAACACUUCCAAGAGAUGCAAAUCUCAAAGCGCCUUGUAGCUGCGCAGAAGCAGAUCCUACCUCAUUCCUUAUCCGUGGAAAAACUUAUCUGCACGACCAAAAAAAGAUCAAGGCAAAAGGCACUUUGAUGCAGUUGGUUGGAGCGGAUUGGAUCAAAUCUAGCCAGCGUGAGGAUGAUCUCGCUGGCAGGAGUAAUGGCAUUGUCUCGGUCUCUCUCUCUCUCUCGCUCUCUUAUCUUUUUCGAAAAAUAUAUCUGUAUGUUAUUUCUGAUCAUAGUUCAAUGCAGAACUACGCGGCUGAGGGGAGACCAGACUUCUUUUUUGUGAUUAAUAUACAGGUUCCGGGCACAACUACGUGCAGUUUGGCCCUAUAUUAUAUGCUAAAGAUGCCCCUAAAAGAAACGCCUUUGUUGGCGCGAUUCAUCGAUGGAGACAAUGCUUUUAGAGAUUCAAGAUUCAAGCUGAUUCCAUACAUUUCAAAGGGUUCUUGGAUUGUAAGGCAGAGCGUAGGACGAAAGUCUUGUUUGGUAGGUCAAGCGCUUCAAAUGAACUAUUUUCGCGGAAAAAACUACUUGGAGUUAGGGAUUGACCUCGGGUCAUCAACGGUGGCGAAGGGCGUGGUAGGCCUCGUUCUUGGAUACCUCAACAAUCUUGUCAUAGAAAUGGCAUUUGUAAUACAGGGAGACUCAGCGGAGGAGCUUCCAGAGAUUUUAGUCGGGACGUGUCGACUAAACCAUCUAGAUGCAGCAAAGGCAGUUUCUACUGAUGCAAUAGGCAGCAGCAUAAGCUAAAUGCUGCUGGUUUAAACACCAUAAAUUGAUUCAUGUAAAGUUUAUUCUUUUUAGAGAGAAUUACUUUAGGCUUAGAUAGUUUGUCACCACUUAUUUGAUGGUGUGAGCAAUGAGUUGCAACAAUGCUGUAAACAGUGGCUGUGUGUUUUUUCAAGAAAAAAUCACUAUUGAGUUUCCUUAGUAAUUGUUGAAAAAUGAAUAAUAAAA